CUCUAUUUAUAUGUAGUUAUUCCUUUAAAUUGAUGUUUUCUGAAAUUGACGUUUACUUAAUAGCGUGUAGCACUCGGCGCCAAUCAUGGCGGCCACGUUUAGAGUAGCUCUAGUUUCUAUCACUAUUUUAUCCUGUUUAAGCGCUGUAUUUCUAAACCAUUUAUUAUUCUUCGAGGCUACUUUUAAAUCAAGGUGGGAACCCCUGUACAGUGGUGUCCAACUCAAGAAGAAAUGCACUUGUAUCGUCAAACAUGGUUUUCAUCGAUCAAGAGUUCCAAUGCAGAAGCACACUAAACACGGGUUUGUCUCCUUAGUCAUCCCUGGCCACGACCCUCCAUUGGACAUCACGGUAUACGUUGAUAUUUCGACCAACCCCGGUCCUGCUCAAUCUAUAAUCGCCAUUGGUAGCCGGCAGAGAGCCACUCGAGAUUUAAUUCAGCAACUUGGUUCUCCAAUUCGCCAAACAACGACCCAACAGUACUCUCGACGUGAACUGGUGUCGCUCCGGAAAAAUUACAGCCUUCAGGAGAGACGGUCAGUUUUAUUUAAGAACAUUCGAUCGUAUGGAAUUUUUAAGUACCGAGGGAAACGGUCUGGAAGACUUACUAAAACACAAUUAAAUACAGGCCGAAGCAAAUAUUCUUCAGAAACGAAUGAUUUUUCCACCUUGAAUAAUUAUUCACAGUCGAACAAUCACACUUUACCGGGGCUUUCAGUAAUUCCCGUGAGAACAACUACGCGCGUCAUCUCCAGUAGUUACACAAGACAAAGAACUGUUAAUUGCUAUAACUCUUCCACCUUGAAUGAAUUUUUACGGUUCAAUAAUCACACUUUACCGAGACUUUCAACAAUUCCCGUGAGAGUAACUACGCGUGUCUCCUCCAGCCGUUACACAGAACAAAGAGCCGUCAAUUUCAACAAUCUGGCUAUUAUCAAGCCUAAGAGAAACAACGACGCCAGCAAAAACACCUUGCAAUUCGUACCGUCAAUAGCUGUGUCUAAUGUAAUGAGUUUGGCGCCAAAAAUAGACGAACUUCGUAUUUUUUUGAACACCCACAAGUUUGAUCUUUGUUGUAUAACGGAGACAUGGCUGAAAGAUUCUAUUGAUGACAGCGUAGUUGACAUUAGUGGCUACAACAUUAUACGCAAAGAUAGGACCCACAGGCUACAUGGGGGUGUGGCUCUAUAUGUAGAAGAUUCCAUCAAAUUCUCAAUUCUACGGGACUAUGAGUUCCCUGACCCCGAGGGCCCUGAGGUUUUGUGGGCCAAGAUCACGCCCAACCGAUUGCCUCGGGGUUAUAGCUGCCUUAUCAUUGGUACAGUAUACCAUCCUCCACCACCUGCCAAAGAUGAGCCCCUCCUUGAUUACAUGAUGGAUUCUCUCUCUAGGAUAGAGAGUGAUAUCCCUGGCGCAGGUAUAAUUCUCGCUGGCGACUGGAACAGGGCAAAUGUUUCACCAGUUAUUAAGCAGUUCCGCCUCACGCAAGUCGUCCAUUUUCCAACAAGAGGGAAUCGUACACUCGACAAAGUGUUAACUAAUCUUACAGAACACUACGAGAAACCUUCUCCAUUCCCACUUUGGGGCAUAUUUUUGCCAAGGGAUCCUGUUAUGAAAGAACAACAAACCAAGAACACUAUUUGUUCUAUUCUAUGGACUGUGACCAUGAGUAUGUCAGACAGACCAAACGUGAGUUUGGUACAUGUUUGA